AUGCUGUUGGUAAAGAACCUAGAGCAGAAACAUACCAAACAAGCGCUGAUUUUAUUUGGCUUUCAGAGACCAUUGUUAAAGCAAAACAUUGAUGAGCAUCCGAAGUGGCAAGAGGUUCACAUGGAGGUGGAAGAGAUAUGGUUUCGAUUGGGCGAUACUGUUAAGAAAUGGAAUGAACGGGUUGAAGUUGAGUUGGGUUCUGAUCAAAGUCACGUGAUGGACCCUGCAUAUUCAGGGAUACAAAUCGUAUGUCCAUACGAAUCGAAGGUCCACAAACUCUCAGGAUCCAAGAGAUCCAAUGGAGGACGAAGCGCUUGUGGCUUGAUACAAUCUCACCGAAGAAUCCCGCUUCCCCGAUUACGCUACGACACAGCCUCAUUAGCAGCAUUUGCGACGACGAUUACCUUCAAAUCGAAGUGUUUACGAAAAUUUGUCGAAUCAGCGAUACAAGUUGUAUUUGUUACAAUAACGCUUGCGAACCUCCAGUAUAUCUUUUAUACAUCUCUUGCAACGCAAACCUGA